AUGAUGCUAUCUAGAGGGUUCAAUCAGUUACUUAAACCAAUCUUGCCCACAUCCAUGGCCUGUAUAAGAUGGCUCUCCACGGAGGCAACACCAUCAUAUUUUAAACUAUUUCCACAUAAUUUCCCUCAUGGCGGUCCACCAAAAGAUCCAUUCUUUAUCAAUGAAAAGCAGCUCCGCAAAGAGUAUCGUACUUUGCAAAGCUCAAAUCACCCUGAUGUUUCAUCGGAUACUAUAGCAUCACUGAAUAUUAACCAAGCAUUCACCCAUUUGCGUAACCCUUAUUUACGAUUAGCUCAUUUAAUCAAAUUAUUGCAUGGAAUAGAUAUAACUGAUGAUGCGGUAUCGAAAUCAAUGAUUGCUAAAUUCCAAAAUGCUAGUGACUCCAAUGCAAUGGCAUACAAGUCAAUGUUAUUACAGGUUAUGGAAGCCCAUGAACAAUUGGAAUUUGCAGAAAAGGAACAAGAAUUAGAUGAAUUGGAAGAUGAAAAUAAUGAUCGAAUAAAGCAGGCUGAAGAGAAAAUUGAACUGGAAUUGGAAAAAGAGCCUAUAAAUUGGGAUGAAUUGAUUACUGAUGCUAUAAAGUUGAAGUAUUGGGUUAAUAUACAAAACGGUAUAAAGGAUUGGGCACCGGGUAAACCAGUACAUUUAACUCAUUAG